GACGAGCGACAACCCGAACUGCUUCAAGUGUCGCUCCGGUUGGUGUCGGCUCUGCCUCAGACGCGAGACGCCACACCUCCUCCGGUCCGGAGCGCGAGCGCAGACGCGGCGCUGCAGUGGAGCUGAGCGGCCGCGGCGGAGGAGCAGCAGCUGACCGCACGGAACCUCCGCCGCUCUGGACCAGUGGACGGAACCGCGAGGCCGGAGCAUGCUUCCGCUUGUUUGGCCACCCGAGGAGGCGCCCGCUCCUCGCUCCGUGGCGCGGACUUGAGCGGAUUUUCUUCCCGGAGACACCGGCGAUUCUCUGGGAUCCGAGACAGGAAACCCGAGUGGAGCGCGCCUGCUUCGGUGCAGCGUUCAUGAAGACCUCCUGACUCUUCAGCAGCGAUGGGGUGGCCAUGGAAACCGUUCCUCCUCCUGUCCGUCAUCAGUGGCCUCUCAGACCUGGCGGGAGCCGCGGCGGCGCGGCCGAUGACCUACGCCGCAGUGUUGCGGAUGAAAUCCGAGGGCUACUCGCCUCUGUCCAGCAGCAGGUCCAGGCAUCACCAUGGCGACGGCCCGCCGUUCUUCCCCCAGAGCCUCCUGGAGGACCUCAGAAGUGAAGAAACGGAGGAGGACUUCGGGCCGGUAUUCGUGGAGGAGCCGGGUGACGUCACCCUGGCACUGGACCAGAGGAAGGCGGUGAUGCGCUGCGACGCCAGGGCCAAGCCUCCGCCCACAUACAGCUGGUACGUCAACGGGAGCCAGGUGGACGUCGAGUCGGACGAGCACUACAGACACGUGGAUGGGAACUUGGUCAUCACCAACGCCAGCCAGCUCAGCCAUUUUGGGAGGUACCAGUGUCGAGCCCAGAACAGCUUCGGCAGCGUCCUGAGUCGAGAGGGUCUCCUGCAGUUAGCGUACCUGGCUCCCUUCAGCCUGAGGCCCCGAGGAGCCGUGUCGGUGCGGGAAGGUCAAGGUGUCGUCCUCAUGUGUUCGCCGCCGCCACACUCUCCAGAGAUCGUCUACAGCUGGGUCUUCAACGAGUUCCCCUCCUUCGUGGCCGAGGACAGCCGGCGCUUCAUCUCCCAGGAGACCGGGAAUCUCUACAUCUCCAAGGUGCAGCCCUCGGACGUGGGCAGCUACAUCUGCCUGGUCAAGAACACGGUGACCAACACCCGGGUUCUGAGCCCCCCAACGCCACUGACGCUGAAGACCGACGGUGUCAUGGGCGAGUACGAGCCGAAAAUCGAGGUCCAUUUCCCUGCGUCGGUCCUGGUGGCUCGAGGAGUCACCGUGCGCCUGGAGUGCUUCGCUUUGGGCAACCCCGUGCCCACCAUCACGUGGAGGAAGGUCAACGGAAACAUCCCGAAGAAAGCGAGGCUUCGCAAGUCGCAGGCCGUGCUGGAGAUGCCCAACAUCCAGCUGGACGACUCGGGGACGUACGAGUGCCGAGCUGAGAACCCCAGAGGAGGCACCGCCUACAAGGGCCACCUGCAGGUCUACACCCUCCCCCAGUGGGUGCGCAUGAUCAAUGACACGCGGCUGGACAGUGGGGAGGAGCUGGUGUGGGAGUGCCGGGCCACCGGGAGACCCCGACCCACCUACCGCUGGCUCCGGAACGGCUUGCCCCUGAGCUCUGAGGGUCGUCUGGAGGUCACGGACGGGGAGCUGACCAUCCACAAGCUGCAGCCGCUGGACUCCGGCAUGUACCAGUGCGUGGCCGAGAACAAGCACGGCGCCGUCUACUCCAGCGCAGAGCUCAGGAUCCUCGCCUCGGCGCCCGUCUUCGUCCCCGACCUGGUGCGCCUCAUGGCCACGCUGGGGAAGGACGUCUCCCUGGACUGCAGACCCCGAGCGUCGCCCCCACCCCGGGUCACCUGGAGGAGAAACGACAGGCGCAUCCAGCCCAGCAGACGGGUGCUGCUGCUGCGCAACAACACGCUGAGAAUCCUCAACUCCAGUCGGGCCGACGAGGGCAGCUACGUGUGCCGGGCGGAGAACCAGCUGGGCUCGGCAGAGAUGACCACCACGCUGUGGGUGAAAGAGGCCACGCGUGUGGAGCUGAGCCCCAGCCGGGUGGAGGUGACGGUGGGCGAGAGCGUGGUGCUGAGCUGCAGGGCCACGCACGACACCUCGCUGGACGUGACCUUCCAGUGGUUCUUCAACCAGAGGGCCAUCAGCUUCCAGCAGCACGGCGGACACUUGGAGUCCAUCCAAACCGUCAGAGCCAGACAGUCCUCCACCGUGGACCUGAUGAUCCGGAGCAUUCUACUGAAGCACGCUGGGAAGUACGGCUGCCGCGCCCAGACCAGCGCCGAGACCGUGUUGGCAGAGGCGGAGCUUCUCGUCCGAGGUCCUCCUGGGCCGCCCGGGGUGGUGAUCGUGGAGGAGAUCGCCGACACCACCGCGACUCUCUCCUGGACUCGGGGCCUGGACAACCACAGCCCCAUCAUCACCUAUCACUUACAGGCCCGGAGCCCCUUCUCACUCGGCUGGCAGACGGUCCACACAGAUCCAGAGCCUGUCACGGGAGACAUGGAGUCCGCCAUGGCCGUGCAGCUCAACCCCUGGGUGGAGUACGAGUUCCGAGUGGUGGCGAGUAACGCCAUCGGGACCGGCGAUCCAAGCGCGCCGUCCCGAGCCGUCCGCACCAAGGAAGCAGUCCCGUCGGUGGCGCCAGCCAACGUGAGCGGGGGAAACGGCCGCAGGCACGAGCUGGUCAUCUCCUGGGAGCCGAUUUCUGAGGAGUUCCAGAACGGCGAGGGCUUCGGCUACAUCGUCGCGUUUCGAGCCAACGGCAGCCGCGGCUGGAAGGAGAAGAUGGUGACCUCGGCGGACUCCACGACGUACAAGUACAGAGACGAGACCUUCCCACCGCUCACACCGUUCCAAGUGAAAGUGGGGGUUUACAACAACAAGGGCGACGGACCCUUCAGCCGAGCCGUCAUCAUCCACUCUGCCGAGGGCGAGCCACGUGAGCCGCCCACCGACGUGGAGGCCUUCGGGAUCUCCUCAGUGGAAAUCCGAGUCACCUGGAGACCGCCGGGUCCUGGACCUGGACGGCCGGGAGCCUACGAGGUGGGUUUCUGGAAGGACGGCGAGGAGGAGGAGGAGGAGGAGGGGAAACAGAGGACGGUGAAGAACGAAACCUUCGUGGUGUUGUCAGGCUUGCAGAGCGACCGUCUCUAUCGCAUCACCGUGAAGGCCUUGAACAGCAUCGGCCAGGGCCCUGCCAGCGCCGCUGUCACCGCCAGGACCAGGAAAGCCCCUCCGGAUCGUGCCCCGGCCAACCUGGCCUGGAUCCAGGAGGGCAACAACGUGUCGCUGAGCUGGGACCCGGUGAAGGCCAAAGACAACGAGUCCCACGUCAUCGGGUACAUGGUGAUACUCAGACAGGAGGGGCGGGGCCACACUCAGGUGACCCGAACCAUCCACCCCUUCACCCUGCUGUCGCUGCCCGAGGGCGGCGCCUACAUCAUGGAGGUGCGAGCGCUGAGCGAGGGAGGAGAGGGCGCUGUGAGCUCGCAGGUUCGAAUCCUCACCUCCUCCGGUGUUCGAGCCAAGAACCGCCAGCCUUCGCUCCACCAGCUUCCAACACGGACGCCGCUCAUCCUGCUGCUUCUGGUGCCUUCCGUGACCUGGUGACCCGCCUCCUCUCCCAGACCCGGGCCUGCCUGGAGGACUCCUGCCCCUCUUCAGUUCCUUCCAGAACCCUCUCCAGUCAGGGCCACUUGGUUCCCUUCCCACUGCUCUGAACUUCGCGAGGACGGAUUUGCGGCCGCGUCGGUGCUCGUCUUCCGCCGGCGUCAGACCAGAGCGGCAGCGGCGCCGAGAAUGGACCGGCGCCUUCCUCCAUCCGCUCAGCUGCCUGAUAGACCGCGCGGAGGGCGAAAGUGCAUCCUUUCUUUUGUACGUGGCGCAGGCAGAAACCUUUUGUAUGAAACCUAGAACUCUUUCCAGUUUUGUACAUGGUGUUACCUUUAGAGACCCAACCACUUUUAUGAAGCUGUCUUAGCGAUGCAGCGCCACCCAGUGACCGUGGAUUGUCGGGAAGCAGCGUUGAACCUGCCGCACCUGAACGCACCGUUAGACAACUGCCUGAGCUCCUGAAUAAAUGUGACGUAUAUUUUUAGCCUCCCGCUGUUCGCUCCUUUCAUCUCAGCACGUCUGGUUCCUGUCGCUCACAGCUAGCGCCUGUGGCUAACACUAGCCGUCGCCAAGUCAGAACAAGCGAAUCCGUAGUGACAAGUCAGAGGAGGCGCAGGGAGAUAUGAGGAACAGGCCGUGAAGCUAGCAUGAGCAGCUAACUGUGUCUCCCGCUCUAAUGUCGGCGCAGCGUUGCGUAACGUGCAGGUGGAUCACAGCACUCGGUGUGUUGUUUAUCUGCUGCGGGUGGUGUUUCCACUGGUGUUUCCGGAGCAGGCCCCCCCUCUGACACCCUCACCUCGCCAUUUCAGCCUCGCCGCUCUCCGACCUCUCUGCUCUGGCGCUUCCAUGUGGAGGUUUCACGAAGCUUUUAGCCUCUUCAGCGACUCAAACACCAGCGCUAAUGUAGCAGCCUUUCAUUAUUCAUGCGGCAACUGUCGGAUUUAUGAUAAUGGAUGAUGCUUCCUGCUCUCGUCCGGAGGCAGGAGCUUUCGUGUCGGCAAUUAAAACACUCGCGGUUGCUGUCGGCGUCCGCCUCACUUGGACGGUGAACGGAGAAGCUCUUGU